GGAUAACUCAAGUACAUUUUUUGUUCAAUUCAAUGGAACAUUAGCUAUUGACGACACUAGAUAUAGAUUAAAUGCGGGCGAUAUAUUAGGAAUGUUUAACAAGGGAUAUUGAAUCUCAAGUACAUUUUUAUAGUUAAACACGUACAUAAUAUAAGGUAAAGUGAUAUAUGUCGGUAGUACAUCGACGUAUAGUAAAGAUGAAAGUGUUUUUUAUAUUCGUUUUAAUACUCAACACGUGUUUUGCUGAUUUAAUAACGCCAGAUGAAGUUGAAACUGUAAUCGGGAAAUAUAUGAAAAAUGAAUUGUUAUCGAGCGACGAACAAAAAUUGCAGGAAGAUGUUUUUGAAAUUUUACGCAGAACGCAACAUGUGACUACGCAUGAAUAUCGCUCGGAUGUGCGAAUGAGUCUGGACUGCUUGGUAUGCCGCAGCGCAUUCUCAGCUCUAUUCGAACUGAUACGAGCAGGCGCAUCAGAUGACGAUUUAACUAGCUCCCUUUCUAAUAUAUGCGUCCUUCUUGGUAUAGAGAGCUACAAUGUUUGCAGCGGAGCCAUUUCUUUGAAUCUGAACAUCAUUACUUACAUCAUCAGAAAUACUCCAGAGGCGACGCCGCGUAACUUCUGCGGCCUUGUCUUGCAAAGGUCCGAUAACCCCAACUUUUGUUCGUACAACGACUCUCGUUUCGAGUGGCAAGUCGAACUGCCGCAGAGAAUUCAAGCGGCUAACGUACCUACCCCAGUUAUAGAUCAGAGUCCUCUUACGGUGGCAAUAUUAACUGACGCGCACAUAGACCCGUUAUACGAGGCCUUCGGUGUAGCGCAGUGCGAUGAACCGACAUGCUGCAGAAAGGGACAAAGACUAAGACCAUCAUCAGACAUUGUUACAGAUGGUUCUGAAGUAGAAAACAGUGUGAUUGGAGAUGGUGAAAAUAUUUUACUUAAUUUGGGAGAUGUACCGAAAAUAAAAGAAAUUCGUAUGAGAAAUUCAAUGAGAGCUCAGACGAGAUAUGUUGAACCGGCUGGAUACUGGGGUGAUUAUAGAAAUUGUGAUACUCCGAGAUGGGCGUACGACGAUCUUAUAGAAAGGAUGGCAUCAGCUCAUAAAUUCGAUGUAGUGUAUUACAUAGGGGAUACAAUCGACCAUGGUAUUUGGGAAACUUCCUAUGAAUUGAUCGAUGAAAUCAAUCAAUAUCUUAUAAAUAAAAUGCGAACAUCUUUCGGGGAAGAUGUAUUAAUUAUACCAGCUAUUGGCAACCAUGAAUCGCAGCCGACGAAUCAGUUCGCUCCGGUGUCAGUAACUGGAGCGAAAUUAAACACAACUUGGUUAUACGAAGGAUUAGUAAAUAAGUGGGAUCAUUAUCUAACAGAGGAGGCAAAAGCAUCGCUGAGAGUUCACGGAGGAUUCUCAAGAUUGGUGCGACCGGGACUCAGAGCUAUCUCACUUAAUACUAAUAUCGCUUAUAAAUAUAACUGGUGGUUGGUGUACGACCCGUUGGAGAUGAAGCGUCACUUGGAGUGGCUGGUGCAGGAGCUACGCGGAGCGGAGCUGGCGGGAGAGAAGGUGCACAUUUUGAGUCACAUCCCACCAGGAGUACAUGAUUUAGCUCAUAUUUGGACAAGAGAAUACAACAGGAUUGUUAAUAGAUUUUCAUCAACAAUUGCUGCGGAGUUCAAUGGGCACAUUCACUCUGAUGAAUUCAAAAUAUUCUAUAGCACGGUGGAGCCCAAGCUACCGAUCAACGUGGCGUGGGGAGUUGGCGCUGCGACUGCUUAUACUAACUACAAUUUGAACUAUAAAAUAGCCACUUUUAAUCCGGUAACAUACGCACCGCAAAGUAUCAACAACUACAUAUAUAAUCUAACAGAAGCUAAUUUAACACCGAAUCGUCGUCCUCAUUGGUUCCAACUGUAUGAUAUGAAGAAUAGCUUCGGUGUUAAAGACUUAAGCGCUCAGUCUAUGGACGAUUUGCUCCAACGUAUGGUGACCACGGACAGGAACCUGCUAGAUUUAUACGCAGCUUAUGUACCAAAAUUAAGCGAUAGGAGAUGGCCUUAUUGCAAUAAUAAUUGUAAGUUAGACCAUCUAUGUAGGAUUGUCACCACAGUUCUAUGGCAAAGGGAGAAAUGCGACGAACUACGAUUGUUAUUUUCAAACACAAAUACAUGAUUUAUUCAUUUUAUUUACAAACAAUAAAUAACAAUCAACUGAUCUA